AAGUAGUCACAACUCGGUAGCGAUGUGAGACGGACGCCACUCGCCCGGCCGCUCUUUCCUCGCGCUCUUUCGCGCCGCGGGCGAUUGCUCCACCGCGAAUUUGGGCCAAGCACAAAUAUUUCCCUCUCAGUCUCACUUACCAUUCACCUAUAUCUCCAUCCUCCUUCUCCGAUUCCACUCACAUCGUUAUUAUACGCUCAUUUAUGUAAUAAGUUCAAUGUUUACAUCGUGCGUAUCAGGUGAUGAAAGAAAAUACAUUGUGACUUGCCCCAGAUAGCAACUGAUAAGCUAAAGAAACGCAACUGCAACAGCUCCGAUUUGUGUAGAUAUUAUGGGUACAAGCCAGCUAGCAAGGUGACCAGAACACAAUGCCGGUGCUGCGUAACGCCGACCACCCCGCGGCGGUGGUCACCGACUCCAUUGCCACCAGGUAUGGCGUGGCGGUGCUCGGCGCCUGGGCUGCUGAGAGCGCGACCUAUCCAUUUGACUUGACGAAGACAAGAAUUCAAAUACAAACUGAAGUCGCGGCGACAAAGGAUGGAUUCAAGGUCGAGAACAUCGGCAUGAUCAAAACCGCGGUAGGCAUCGCUAAGCAAGAAGGAGUUCUGAAGCUAUGGGCUGGGCUGAUGCCUAUGUUCCAAAGACAUGCCAUCUACUCCGGCUGUAGGUUGAUCUUCUACGAAAAGUUCAGGGAAAUGAUGAAGAACGAUCAGGGGAAGAGCUCACUGGCUUCGGCGUCUAUUGGUGGGUUAGCGGCCGGGUCUCUCGCGCAGCUGAUCGCGUCUCCCACCGAUCUGGUCAAGGUCCAGAUGCAGAGUGAAGGUCGCAGGGUGGUGCAAGGAUUCGCUCCGAGGUUCCAGAACUGUCGGCAGGCGUACGCUGUGCUUUAUAGGGAGAGCGGGAUCAAGGGCUUUUGGAGAGGAGCGAUACCAAACGUGCAGCGAGCGGCGCUAGUCAACAUGGGCGACUUGGCCGCUUACGAUUACACCAAGCAGUUCCUCAUCCGAGAAGUUGGCAUGGCUGACAAUGCUUUGGUCCACGCGGCAGCUGCCUUCACGGCUGGCUUCGUGGCAGCUGUGAUGGGCACACCGGCUGACGUACUUAAGACCAGACUCAUGAACCAACCUGUGGGCCCGGAUGGAAGAGGCAAGCUUUACCGAGGCAUGAUCGACUGCCUACAACAAUCAGUGAAGAACGAAGGGAUCAUGUCUCUAUACAGAGGUUUUCUCCCCCUGUGGAUGCGACUGGGACCCUGGGCUCUCAUAAACUGGAUAGCAUUCGAAAACAUCAUGCUAGCAAUAGGCGGCCAUACGUUUUAAAACAUUCAAGAUUGUAGAUUUUUUGUUAACCGAUAGUUUGGUCGAGUUGUUAAUCAGUGAGAAUGCAUGAAAGUGCGCACUACUUACACCGAUUUGGUAUCGGCCGAUUCCUCGUACAAUUUAGGCCGACCAGACUAUCGGUUAAUAAAAAGUCUGUAGUCUAGGGGCUCUUAGCUACGUUAUAGGAAUUGUUAAAUACAAAUAAAGUUUAUUUUUAUUACCAAAUGAAACGACGCGUAGCUAUAAAGAAUAAGAGUGGAGAAGUAGGAUUUUAUGUUAAGAAAAAGUGAUAGUAAAAUAAGCGUUAGUGACUUUUUAUUUUUAUUUGGUUAAAUCAAUCUGUAAAAUAGAUACAUGUUUAUUUAAAUCACAGGCAUUGAUAACACUGACGCAAUAAAGAAUUACAUAGACUAGGUAUACAUUUACAUUAUUGUAUGAACAUAUUAUUCUAAUGAUUAAUGAAAAUGAAUUAAUGUAUUUAUCAUAUUCAGACAACGAAUUUUUUGUGUAUUCUCAAGUGUUGUCAGAUCUUGUGAGAUUUUUGAAAACGAACAAAAGUCUCGAAAUUUUAUUGAGUUAUUUACACAUUUAGAAGGUGCUACUCAUAACACUUACAUGUUAUACACAUUUUAAUACAAUACUAUACCGAAUUGAUUGACAAUACUUAUUGCAGUGUCUCAAGUUGUUACCAUCUUGCCUGUUCACGAGUGUUAGUCGUGUAAUAUUGACAAACGAUACUGUGAUUGUUCCUCUAAGAAUAGAUGUAUGAUUUCACAAAAUGAUUUAGC